UGGAUCGACGACCUGCCCAGGGCUCAGCAAGCCAGGAUGGUUGGAUUAUUCGCCGGGCUGUGUGCGUCAGAAGGUCACAACAAGUCCAGGACAGGGAAUAAGUACCAAACAUUUGACGGAAAGAUGGCAGCGGUGGCAUUCGCACACAAGGCAGUUCGGAACGCUAAGCUCGAUUACCAUGAUCCGGAAUUUGAGCACGUCGCUCAAGGAUACAAGCGUACCAACAGUCAUGUGGACCAGAAGCAGCCAGUUACUACACCGAUGUUGCUCAAGAUGCGGGAGCUCGUAGCUCAUGAGGACCCGCAAGCCAGGUUGUUGUGGAGCUCCGUCGUACUUGGGUUCUUCUUCCUCGACAGAAGCUCAGAGCUAUGGGGCCCGGUCAAACCCGACAUGUCGACAGGAUUUGAAAGAGUCCACUGUGUCAAGGCCCAGAAUGUGAUACUCAGGAACAAGCAAGGUCAACAUGUAGGCUCAGAGUCUACCCAAGUGGACUCCGUCGAAAUCAUAUUCGAAUCGCACAAGGGCGAUCGAAUCGGCCAAGGCAGCACUAUUCGGCACUAUCGAUCAAACAACUCGACACUGUGCCCGGUGGAAGCCGCGCAAGAAUGCAUGCGGAUACGAGCUCAGUGGAUAACGGAGAACAAGACCCUGGGUCCACUUCUUACAUCCGUAUCAAGGAAGGCAACGAUCAAGAGGUCAAAGGUGGCCAACCUCACCAAGGCGGCGGCAAGAAGCUUGGGGCUAUCCCCAAAGGAUUAUUCGGCCCAUUCACUUCGGAUCGGAGGGGCCUGCGCUCUACUAGCCGCAGGUAAAAGUGACCUGGUUAUUCGGCUAAUGGGCAGGUGGGUUUCACAGUCUACACGCGAUGACAACCCGGUAUGA